UCUAAAUAAAUCACAUGAGGGCGUCUUCCAGAUCAACAUGGAUGCAAUUUUUCAUGAACGACAAGAGGGCUCACUCUGUGCCCAGCACUGCCUGAACUCACUUCUUCAAGGUCCUUAUUUUAGUGCUGUGGACUUGGCAGACAUCGGAAGGGAUCUUGAUGAAGCUGAGAGAGCAACCAUGGCCGAAGGAGACAUCAAUUCUCCUGAAUAUCUCAGGUUUAUCCAGCAACCGUCGAGCAACAUGGAUGACAGUGGAUAUUUCUCAAUACAGGUCAUCGGUCGAGCCAUGAAAGUCUGGAGCCUAGACCUCCUCCCGUUUGGUAGUACAGAAGCAGUGGAGGCAAAUAUCCAUCCAGAACGCGAGAAAGCUUUUAUAUGCAACUUCAAGGAUCACUGGUUGACCAUCAGGAAGAUUGGCCGACAGUGGUUUAACCUCAACUCAUUACUCACAGGCCCAGAGCUCAUUUCAGAUACAUACCUUGCUAUGUUUCUUAUUCAACUACAAAAAGAAGGGUACUCAUUGUUUGUAGUCAGAGGCUCGCUACCAGAUAAUGAAGCAGACCAGCUCCUCAAUCUCAUCCCAGUCAUUCAGACGAUAAAACCCCGCUUACUGUCCGACCUCGCCCAGCAACAAACAACAGCGUCAACCUCAACGUCAACGGGGGAAUCUUCCUCGGGGAAGAGGUUGGUCAGUCUGGAGGAUCUCCAUAAUGCACUGCAGGCAAGCCAGAGUUCGGAAGCCAGGGAUACAGCAAGAGGGGAGAGACUGUGCGGUACCCUUAAGAGUGACAACAGUCGAGGUUUAGCUGAUGCUAUGAAACUAAGCAUGCAAGGAAUGGGAGACCCUAGCGUAGAUGACAAAGUAGAUCCUGAAGACCUUCGGAGAAAAAGACAAGCAUUCUUUGACAGACAGCAGAAUCAAGAGACUCAACCAUCACAAGGCCAAGUUGACUCUCUUCCAAGUGAAGGGAACAAUCCCCCCGCUGCCACACACCCACACAGCCAAGUCCAAGCCGGCCAGCCAGUGCUAUCAGAACCCACUCCAGAGGAAACAAAUCCUCAAGAACCAGGUGCAAUCGGACAUUCUCUCGAAACAAAACUCUUUGCAAAUGAUGAUCAAAUGACUGAGGAGGCGAUGCUAGAGAUAGCUAUCCAGAUGUCAUUGGGCGGAACGCAGAAACUAAGUUCUGUCUCUGGAACAGAACUACAACCACAGCACGGGAAUGGAUCAUGAGUCAUGACUGUUUGUAUACUAUUUACAUCUGCAAUAUAAUGCAAACUGUUUGGCUUAGUGAACAGCAACUACAUGUAGUUUAAAAAACCUAAUCUUUUCAGUUUUCAGAGUUGGCCAAUAAAUAAGCUGUUUGCUUUCAGUUAAACAACAUCAGUUAAAGACAGUGGACACUGUUGGUAAUUGUCAAAGACCAGUCUUUCCAUUUGGUGUAUCUCAACAUAUGCAUAA